AUGGAAAUCGGGUCAUCUGUACUUGAUCUCGAUCACCUACAAACAGUGUAUGUCACAGGACUUGCGGAGGGCACAGAUGAGUCUCUGCUGCAUGCUGCUUUUAUCCCAUAUGGUGAAAUAUCGGAUAUCAUCCUUCCUCCGCUUCCCGGCGGAUCCGGUGCCCCAAAAUUCGCACUCGUACAAUAUGAGUGUAAAGAGGAUGCGCUUGCAGCCAUUGACAAUAUGCAUAGAAGUGAGAUCAAUGGAAGACCCAUUCGCGCUUCCAUUGCAAACCCCGCAAUGUUGCGGCAAAUCGCCUCCAAUAUGAGUACCGCCUCGGCUGCAAAACCCGUUUGGGAAGAUGCUGCCUGGCUCCAUACGCAUGGGACACAAUCAUCGGUGCAAAAGUAA